AUGAAGGUGUUUAUGAGAGAGAAUAAAGUUGAUGUGUUGGCCAUCACAGAACAUAGAGUUACUGAGAGUGGAGCUGUUGCUAUAGUUUCCAAACUAUUUCUUGGAUGGAAUUGGUUUUCUAAUGCAUCACCAAGCAACAAAGGUAGAAUAUGGCUUGUAUGGAACCCAAAUACAAUUAUGGUUCAGGUUUUAGUAAGCCAUGCUCAAUUCAUACAUAGUUUUCUCAAAUGUUGCACGAGUAGUUUGUCAUUUCAUUUUAGUGUUGUGUAUGGGAAACAUACUAUUGCUGAUAGAUGUGAAAUGUGGAGUGAACUAGGAGAUAUAUCUUCUUCUCAGCAUGGACCUUGGCUGAUUAUGGGGGAUUUCAACUCUAUAUUAAAUGCUGAGGAUAGAAUGAAUGGAUCAGAAGUGUUGGAAGCUGAGGUUAGGGAUUUUAAACAGUUCCUAACUAACAAUAGUUUGGCUGAAUUACAAUCCUUUGGCAGGGACUAUACAUGGACUAAUGGGCAUGUCAUGAGCAUUAUUGAUAGGGCCAUUGUUAAUGCAGACUGGAUGACUAGUAUGCCCAAUAUGCAAUUCCUUAAACUAGUUGAAGAGAAGUGGCAGAUCCCUGUCAAUGCUGUCCAUUUAGAAGGUGUUUGGCUAAGACUAAAGCAUGUUAAACAGGGGCUCGAACAGAUCAAUAUGACAGAAUUUGCUAGGGUGACUGAGAAGAUAGCUAACAUUAGAAACAAUUUGAGAAACAUACAAGCUCAAAUGAGUGAUCAUAACCUGGUUGAAGAGUUGUUUCAGGAAGAGAAGGCUCUCAGAACUCAACUAGAGGAUUGGAGCAAAGUUGAGGAGAGCAUCUACAGACAAAAGUCCAGAAUUCAGUGGUUAAAGCUUGGUGAUUCCAACUCAGCUUAUUUCCAUGCUAGCAUGAAGAGCAGAAUAGCCCAGAACCACAUUAACUCCUUGACUGAACAAGAUGGAUCUAUUAUUCAAACCCCAGAGGGCAUUAAGGCAGAAAUUAUAAACUUUUACAAGCAAUUACUUGGCUCUUCCAGUAGCUCUUUGCCCAUUAUUUAG